UCGAACAGCUUGACCGGCUAGCAGUCAAGACACAAACUCGGUCCACCAUGAUGGCGAAUUGGAUGUGUUGGUUGGUCUUUGCUGCCAUCUUUUGCAGUUCAAAUGGAUACCUAACAAUGGGUGGACACCCCAAAAAUGAGAAGGAAAAUUUUCGAGAGAAAGGAAUUUGUAAAAAUUACCCUCACCGCUUUAGAGCUCACCCCAAGUACUGCCACGCCUAUUAUGACUGUACUUCCACUUCCGGUCCUCGUUAUAGGAGAUGGGAUAAGGGGUUCCGAGAAUGUGUGUAUCCGAAAUGGUUUAAUGCCAAGACCAGGAAGUGUGAAUUAUUUAUCUACAUAAAAUGCGGUACAAGAAAGGAAUUCAAAUCAGGAUGUGAUUACUUUGAAAACCAAUGCACUCUGUCGCAUUGCAUUCCGUGUUAUGUGCGUAUUCCGAGCUGUACAGGAUUAAGGGACGGUAUACACAGACUCAGAUAUGGAUAUAGACGGCGUUGGUUGAUACAUUGCUUCAAGGAAAGGCUGAUGAACUUCUGGAACGGACGGAGAUGAAGCUGAAAUUCUCCUAACAAUUGUAAACUAGUGCAAUUGAAAUGAAUAAAGUACAUACAAGCGUAACCAU